GCAUGCAAUCUUUUAUCAAGAUUAGUGAAGCACUCAUUCUAAUGAACUUUAUCGGGCAAUGUUUUUGCACCUCUAAAUUCGCUCUUGUACCAUUUUAACCAUAUUGAUCCAUAAAACUACCAUGCUUUCACUCGCUCUUUAUCAAAUAACUUGAGCAGCAACCAAACAAAGUCAAAUUUGCAUUUCAAUUAAAGCUUCACUUCUUUUUCCCACUCGACCAACGAUUACUUCAGAGGAGAAUUUAAGUCGAGGUUUGAAGCAGAAAACAUCAAACUUUCAGUAGUCUUACUGAAACUGAAGCUGACUAAAAUCCGCCAGAAAUUUCACAUAUUGCAAAUUCAAAUUUUUUUUAAAAAGUUAAUUUAAAAUGGCUCAUCGCAGACUGUACACUCCGAAUGCUGAGGGUGUGUUUGAGUCGCCUCUCGGAACAUUCAACCCCUCAACGGAGGACAAAUGGGAAACUAUGGCUGACUACUUUGAAGACAUUUUGACUCGAAGGCACCCAAACAGUGUAAUGAUAGAAGCAGCUACUGACCGCAAAAUCACCUACAA